AUUUUUAAGAUCAAUGGCAGUCAGUCUGAUAAGGAUGAGCGUAUCAAAGCUGCACAGUAUUUGCAACAGUUGGAGGUCAGUGCCAAUAAUAAGUCAUUAAGAGGGUUUAUUAACAAUGAGGUUACCUUGCUACUUAAGGUGAUUCCCCAGUAAAAGAGCCUAACAUAGAUUGUAGAUGAAACUUGGUACACUGAUGUAACGAGUCAAGAAGAUGAUAAAAAGGUAAUAAAAAGUGGGGGUCACCGUGCUCGUUUUGACGUCACAAUGCUGACAAAUACGGCUAUUGUUGGCCCUGUUACAAAAACCGCGCGCAGGGCAAAACUAGACAAAAAGGAAAGAUUUUUUCAAUGAUGCAUGUGAUAUCGCACAGAAUUUGACUUUAAUGUAUUGUUUAUUCACUUACGAACCAGAAAAAUGCCCUUUAAUGCCCUUGUUUUUACUUUACGCUCCAAAGUAGAAUUAAAUUGGACACGCGCUAUUCGACAUGUGAUAGCUCAAUCCGUACAAUUUAGUAAAACUGCCAAAAAACUGAACAUAGAUUUGUUCCAAUUUUUUUCUCACCGAAAGGAAGCACUGUCCUUAUUAAAAUCAUGAAAUAAAAAAUGGGGGUCACCGUAUUCGUGUUUGCAGUAGAGCUGCAGAAAGUGUGCACCAAAUGCAUUUUCCUUGAUUUUUGAGAGAGGACUGGGGCGAGUUUCAAAAUAGAAUGUAUGCGAAAGGGGGAAGAAAGAAUUAAAAAAUCCGUUUUUACAGAAUUUACAUCGAGAUAUCAUAUUUAGGACACAAUGUGAUAAAGAAAGCGUUUAAAUGAAAAUCAGAGUGAAUAAGCACAAAUUAAACAUCCAGUAUCGAAGUUCUCCAUGAGGAAGUCAAACUCAGCAAUAUGCGUACUGCUUACAUUAUGCACAUUCCCACCCCAUUGAGUCUCACCUAGGCAAGAAACAACCGCAAGUAAAAAUUGCAAUAGCGUUUCUCUUCGGUCAACUUCAUUUUAAUAAUGUUACUUUACAUGCUCUUUUUUACGGAGGCCAUCUUGUUAUGCGCAGUGCAAAACCAGGGAAUCACCUUAAUUUUGUUAGUUAAAAAUGGUACAUGGGUGGUCCGUUCAUGGUUUGGGCAAAUCUUAAGCAAAAUUUUGGACUGCUAAAUUUCAUCCUGGAAUCAUGCAUACCAUUUGCACAAAUCAGUUUCAUUUACCGAAAAGCAGCUGCAAUAAUUAUAAGCCUGAAUAUGGUUUGAAGAUAGGAACACAAAUUUGUGUUUGAAACUUCCUGGCUGGGAAUACAGGACCACCUUUUCAGGAAUUCUGUUUCUCUUGGAAGUUUUUCACUGGAAUGACCCAAGAGAUGUGAUCUUGUUCCAUUUAUUCUCCAACUGGAUUCUUCGCAACAUUUUUGUAAAUUGUAAACUACCAUUGACUUUGGGCCUUUUUUAUUCUAGCUAUAGACCCUUCCCGUUUUCCUUUAUUGUUGCUUUUAGUUUUUAUUAUUUUUUCUUCUGAUUAUGUUUUAGUCUGAAAGAGGAGGUGUAAAAACAGAGGUUAUUGGUAAGUUCAACUUUCAGUUCCCACUAACUGAGUGACAUUCAUUCCCUUUUCCCUAUAAAUUUAUCAGUCUGAUUCCCGCAAAUUUGUUGGUUCUUGAGUGGUACUUUUGCCCAAAUUUUUGAAUUAGAAAAUCAAUAAUAGAUACGGUCAAACCACAUUUAUAAGCUGUCACUCUGCAUUUACGCAGUUCCAGAAAAUAUCCACUUACCGACCUGGUAGAUCAUUCUUGAAGACAUAAACAAGUUCAACUUCAUCAUUUUUUUUUGUAAUGAAAUUAUGAAUAUAAUGAAAAACAUAUAAUUAUGUGAACUGCAGAGUGAAGAAUUAUAUGAAGGAAGAUCGUCACAGUUAUAUACACAACUUAUGCAGUUGCGAAAAGAAAGCCUGAAAAAAAUUGAGGCUAAUGUACGGGAUUCAAACCCUUGAACUCUGUGAUACCAGUGUAGUGCUUUACCAAUAUUAAGCUUACAAGCCAACUGGGAGUAGGUCGUUGAAUUGGCUUAUUAUAAACCUGUGAAAGGAUGAUGAUGAAAUUAUGAAUGUAUGAAAAACAUAUACGUGAACUGCGAAGUGAAGAAUUAUUUGAAGGAAGAUCAUCACAGUUUCAGGCUUUCUUUUCGCAACUGCAUAAGUUGUGUAUACAACUGCAAUGAUCUUCCUUCAAAUAAUUUAUCAUUUAUAGAAAUGGAAAAUCCAGGCAAGUGAAACUCCCUUCUUAUGGGAGUAUGGAUAUUUUCUGGAACCACAGAAUUAAGGGAAAGUAUUUCCAGAGGUUUUGCAAGUGACAGCAUGAUUAUAUAAGAGGGUAACCACUAAAGUUUAAUAUACAAGUUUGACUUUAAAUAAAGUUAAAAAAACAAAAAUGAUCCUUUGAUGAUUUCUGUGACGACAUGUUUAACAAUGACUUGUACUAUGACUUGCGUUAGGUGAUGAUCGUUUAGGGCACCAUCUUGACAAGGUACUUCCUUCUGGAGACCCAUCAGGUGACAUGGAGGUAACGAAAAAAUACUGUCUUGACAGUUCACAUAAUUAGGGUAUAUUAUAACAGCGAUAAACUGAAUUUUCUCAUGGCUAACUGCAAUGCCGUAGUUUGGAAUGUGUGAGUGGGGCAAGAUAUGUCUAACACAGAACCAUUCACUCAUGCGGUGUGUCAUGACAGUCAUCCAAAUUAUAGAGGUAGAAGUGAUUGGAUUACACCAAUACCUUCUGACCUCUGACAUUGUGCUACGGGAAAUUAAAAGCAGAUCAGAUGAUGUGGGAAGGCGAUAGGUCCUGGAGGCCCUACCACAGGAGUGAAGAAGCUCUGUUAAAAAACUAACUUUGAGAAAAUGGCCAAUUAUGCUAAGGCAGAUAUUCAUGGCUUACCAAAGGACCACACACAGCAUGAAGUUUUCAAGUAAGUCCGAAAAAAAACAUAUCCUUGGUUGCGAUUCAUACUGUGGAACUUGUGUUGACUCCAACAGUAGCACUGAGAGAUUAGCAAAUUUGAACUUUGCUUUUGUCUAAGAAACAGAAAAUUUCUGUCUGGACUCCAUAGAGAGUCGUGAAAGUUCUAAAAUUCUAGGACAGGCUGCAAAUAGUUGUCAUGUUUUGAAACACUUCAGUUUUUUCUUCGAUCAGUGGCUUGUCCUCAUGGGCAAGUGAUUUAUUAAACUCACUAACCCAAUCCCUAGUGUCCCAAAAAAUUAUUGUUGUGACUGCUAGAAAUUCUUUUGUUUCUAUUAUUAUUCAUAUUUAUGAUCAAACUAGCCAAAGGUUAUCUUCAUAGUAAUAAUAAUGACAAUCUUUAAUGAGGACGCCUACUUCACCUAAAGGCUUUACAGAAGGGUCCUCCUACCAAAAAACAUUAAGUGAAAAAGACAAAUCUAUAACUAAAUUAGAACUUACUAAGAACUAACUAUCAAUUAAUCAAAUUGUUACAUUGUGGAUGGCCUUUUUAAAUUUGUCAAGUGACUUGAGCUCCCUCAAUGACUUAGUAGAUGGGGAAAGGUUUGCACCCCCACCCCAGCCCUGGUAGAUUAUUUUCACUUUGAUUUACUAUUUUCUUUACAGCCUGGAGAUGAUGACUUCAAGAAAACUAUCUUUAAACUAAGUGAUGCAAGUGGGCAUCUGGAAUUGGAAGACCAAGGCAUUUUUUCAAAAGGAAAACUGGAUAGUAAUGAUGGUAAGGAAAUGCUUUUGUUCAAAUUGGUAUCAUAACACUGAAUUUAUGGUGGUCUAAAUCACAUUACGUGGAGAUCAAAAUAAUUAACUUUCAGGUUUGGAUUGUAUGUUGUGUAAUGAUGAUGAUUGUAAAUUGUGCUUGUAUCUGCUUUCUCAUUGGCUAAGAGCCUACAGUUAAUUUUGGUAAUUAGCCCAACCUUCAUAUUAGUUAAUUAUCCGCUAUCAGAUUAAGUGACUACUCUGUAGGUUGUGCCUGUAAUGCACGAUUUCCAAAAGCAAUGUCAAACUAUGUUCCAUGCGAUGCUGUGUCUGCAGACCUGCCAACCCCUGAUAAAGGAAAAUCUGGAGAUUCCAUAAAAAAU